UAGGUUGCAUACACACACAGCAAGAGGGCGGGAGAACGUUGACUCAGAUUGUUGCUGUUGGUGGCAGUGCGCCCCAAGCGGCGCCGGGGUGCCGCCGUUCCUGCGCCGGAGUUAAAAAGCGGCGUGCGCCGGGCUCGACCACAUUGCGGAGUGUGUUUCAAGGGGAAAAGUUAGUAGCGGAUUUUUCUGGCGUCUGACCUGCAGCAGCAACCGUCGAGAGCAUCAUGGCAAACAAGGCACAGCAGCCUCCUCACCUGCACCUGGCUGAGGUUACUGCGUCCCAGUUCCUCGACAUUUGGAAACAUUUUGACACCGACGGUAAUGGCUACAUUGAGGGGAAGGAACUGGAGAACUUCUUCAGGGAAUUGGAGAUUGCCCGGAGAGGAGCAGGGGUGGACCCUUCAAAUCCCACUUUCAGAGAAAAAAUGAAGGAGUUCAUGCAGAAGUUUGACAAGAACAAAGAUGGACGAAUUGAGAUGUCAGAGCUGGCCCAGAUUCUUCCCACUGAAGAGAACUUCUUGCUGUGCUUCAGACAGUUUGUCAGCUCCAGUGCUGAGUUCAUGGCGGUAUGGCGGCGAUAUGAUACAGAUCGCAGUGGCUACAUUGAAGCAAAUGAAUUGAAGGGUUUUCUGUCAGACCUGCUGGAGAAGGCUAACAGACACUAUGAUGAACAGAAGCUGCAGGAGUACACACAGACCAUACUGCGGAUGUUUGAUCUGAAUGGAGACGGGAAGCUGGGCCUGUCAGAGAUGGCAAGGCUUCUGCCAGUUCAGGAGAAUUUCUUGCUCAAAUUCCAGGGGGUCAAGUUGACCAGUGAGCAAUUCAAUGCUAUCUUUGCAUACUAUGACAAGGAUGGAAAUGGAUACAUUGAUGAACAGGAGUUGGAUGCCCUACUACGAGACCUUUACCAAACAAACAAGAAGGAGGUGGACUUGAAAGACCUGACAGGGUACAAGCAGAGCAUCAUGAGCCUGUCUGAUGGAGGGAAGCUCUACCGUGGGGAGCUGGAAAUCAUCCUCUGCAGGGAGCCAAUUGUGUGACUCUCCACUUGUUGCAUAUCAUCAUUUUCUCUGCCUGCCCUGCUUUCCCGAGACCACAUCCUCUUCCAGCUACCUGGCAACAUGUCCCAGGUGCCUGUGCUGCCCCCCACCCCCCACCCAAAGUUACAAUAGAAUGAAUAAGUGCAUUGUCAGUACUCAACAGUUCUUCUUCCUUCAACCCUUAUUUUCUGUAUGCUGACCUCUCAACCCUGUCUGGAACAUCUAGCAUUUCACCUUCUCAACUCUCCCCCAUGUUCUUUAAUGUUUCUGACCUCAGUCCCAUCCCUGCUGUCCAUGCUGUGCCUGACUUGCAACUCCUAACCAAAAGCGCAAACCCCCUUAUUCCACAGAAAUUACCUUAUGACCUGUUGAUAUACCCCUGAGCCUUGACACCAGCUUCAAUGACCCCACUAAUCCUUUGUGCUAUCAAUUUUGCAUUAGGUACCAUAUAUAGUCAAAGAAGCAGCAGACAGCUAUGUUGGAAUUUAUCUAAUUUACAGUCUGAUGGAGCUGAUAAUGAUUUUUCCACUUCUAUUUCCUGAAGAUUUUUUCUUCUUAUAUGAUUUUGUUAUAUGUUUGUUUUGGCUGAUACUGUCAAUUGAAAAUAUCAAUAAAAUGUCUUAAGAUAAAA